AUGCCAGUUCAACCAGUUCCACAUCGUCGUACUUCUGAAGAACUCAUCAGCAAAGGAAGUAACAAUUCCUCUGAUUUCCUAGGUAUUGAAGAACCACCAGCUCCAUGUGAAACUCCAGAACCAUCAAAUUGGUUCCCAUUGAAAAGAAGAUCAAGUAGUAAUUAUAAAACUGCAUUACUUGGUGAUAAAUUACAAAAUGUUGGUUUUAGUGAUUUAAAUAAAACUCAUGGUAAAGACUCAACAUUUGAAGAAGAUCCAUUAUCAUCAUCAUCAAUAACUACCUCCAAACCACAAAAAAUUGAUAUUACAAAUACAUCAAAUGAUCCUCAACUUUAUCAACCACAAGAUGAAGGACAAUGGUCUCCAGAAGGUAUCAAAAGAAAUUUACAACGUCGUUCUACAGGUAUUGGUGAAGAAUUAUCACAAGUUAAAACUAAUGACUCACAAUCUUCAACAAGUAAUGGUGGUGAAUUUAAUGUUCAAUAUAGAGGUUCAAUUUCUUAUCCACCUCAAUCAACUCAAAAGGAAAAUGCACCAAAUUCAAAAUUUCAUAAUAUUCCAAGAUCUUAUCAUUCAAAUCAACAAUCGCCAGCAGAACUCGAUGAACAUCAUAAGAAUGAUUAUUUCCCAAGAAGUUUUGAAUAUGCUGAUUUCAAAAGAAGAAUGUCAAGAGAUUAA